CAAUAAGAAACAAACAUGGCGGCGCUCAUCGGAAACGUGAGUCGAGAGCUGCUUUUAAUGACUGAGAGGAGCUGUAACAGUGUAGUUGUAACUCCCCGAAGGUUUAUUCGAGGUCUGAGGCGGAGACCUGUAGCAGUGAUUUAUCCCGGAGAUGAACAUGAGACUCUCAUUAAACCAGCUGAGCAAAACAAACAGCGCAAGUAUCAGUCUGACCCUGAGAAAGAGAAAGACAAGACACGAACUAACAAGACAGACGGACGGAGGCUUAAAGAGGACACAUCGGAUUCAGGGCAACAUGGAGAGGGGAGAUCUACUGGAAACUUUCCCAGAGUAACAGUAGAGAGUCGCGGUGUGAGGCAGCAGCUGGGCGGUCUGCGGUUUGAUAAAGCUCUUCCUGGAGACAAGAGACUCGCAAAGCUGGUGAGCAUCGCUCGUUCCAGGUCAUUUCGAGAGCAGGAGUGCAAAGUGGUGCUGGAGGGAAAGCGCCUGAUCUGCGACGCUCUGGCUGCUGGAGCCACUCCUCAGGUGCUGUUCUUCAGCAGAGUGGAGCGUCUGCAAGAACUCCCUCUGGAGAAACUGGGCCAGGCGUCUCUGGUCAAGGUCAAAUUUGAGGACAUGAAAAUCUGGUCUGAUCUGGUCACUCCUCAGGGGAUUAUUGCCAUAUUCUCGAAGCCCGAUGAAUCUCGGCUCACGUUCUCCAGAGAUCUUCGGCUCCAGUCCGUCCCGCUGUUCCUGAUCUGUGACCAGGUGCGAGACCCGGGGAGCCUGGGCACCAUCCUGCGCUGUGCCGCUGCAGCCGGGUGCGAUCGUGUCCUCCUCACUCGAGGAUGCGUGGAUCCGUGGGAGCCGAAGGUUCUGCGUGCUGCAAUGGGAGCCCAUUUCCGUGUGCCCAUACUCUCAGGGCUGAACUGGGACUCGGUUUUCGAGCACUUACCGAAGCCAGUGACUGUCCAUGUCGCAGAUGAUGGAAGCAGGAACACGAGGAAUGGAGACGCAGAGGAGUACACCGAGUCAGACUCUGAUGAAUCUGAUGAUGAACAGUCUCUUCCAUGGGUGGAGCAGAAGGUGUAUCAUGAGAACUGGGCGCAGACAAACACAGCGCUAGUGAUUAGCGGCGAGACCUGCGGACUGAGCUCGGAGGCUCUGCAUCUGGCUGAGGAAACAGAUGGUUGUAAACUCUUUGUUCCUAUGGCUCCAGGAAUCGAGUGUCUGAAUUCAGCUAUGAUGGCUAGUAUCCUUCUAUUCGAAGGGCGGAGACAACUGAAGAAAUUUGCACUGAAAACAACAAGAGCCAAAUCCCUCAUUCACUGAUCUGUCAGUCUCUAAUACAGCUCUAUUCAAAUGUU